AACCCUGAUUCCUGAAACAAAAAUGUUGAAAGAACAGCAAACAUCUUCAUCUUCAUCUUCAUCUUCAUCUUCAUCUUUCUUCCUGUUUCCAAACCCUAAUCCUGUAAUGCGAUCUUUUAACAUUCCCGAAUCCAUGAUUCAUCCUCAAGGAAUCCACAUCUGUUCGUUCUUGAACCCUAAACCUAAUGCUGAUGAUAAAUUAAAGCCGAUGUCACCAUUAGAUGUCGACCCUUGUGCAGCUUCACGAACUGAUGUCAUCACAUACACAAACACAAGUGAUUUAACUCCAUCUGAACAUAGGGGACGACGACGGAUUUGUACCUUCGACACCAUAGUUCAUGGUUGUAGGCCCCACCCCACUCUAUUGUUUAUUUGUUGUUAUUUUCAACGAAUAAAGUUUAGAAAGGCAGGUGGAAGCUUCACUGAACCUCCAAUGGCGCCCAUGGCUUCCAAUUCCCCUGCAAACUCGGAAACUGGUCCUCCUCAGAUCGUGAAUGAUGUUGUAGAAACAAAGAUAGAAAGCGGAAACUCGCAAAGCAUCCGUUGUGAGAUCUGUAAGGUAUCUUGUAACUCUGAGGAAAUGUUAAGGGAACACAAGGAAGGAAAGAAACAUUUAAAGAAUAUACAAAAGCUCUCUGUUUCAUCUCCGAUCAUCCAAGAAACGCCACCACUGGUUGCAGACGCUACUUCAGACCAUGAAACCGAUAAGAAGAAGAAGAAGGAAGAUUUCUUACAAAAUGUACCCUCAGUUGAAUCUUUGUUUACUUGCACCAUUCCUGAUCUGGUAUGCCAUGAUCGAAACAUAGAUACAGAGCAUCUCCAUGGUGAGAAACAAGAAACCCAGGUGAACAAUGGUACUCUGGUUCAGUCUUCCAACAAUGGCACAGAGAAAGUGGAAGAAGAAGUUUGUAAAGUCACUUGUAACAGCGAACAGAAGCUUCAAGAACACAAUCCAGGGAAAAAUCACCUGAAAAACCUUAAAGAUUCAGAAAAAAUACAAACCCCACCAUCGACCACGCCUAUUGCUUCAAUGGCGAAGACACCAGUUUCCAAGCAUGUGGAAAAAGUUGAGGAUUCAAAGGAAGUUAAGUUUCGAUGGUGUGAAGUUUGUAAGAUCGAUUAUAGCAGCGAUACCUUCUACAGGCAUCUGCGAGGGAGGAAUCAUAAGAGGAAUCUUCAAGAAUCAAAGAAAAUGACGGGUUUGCCCUCGACCCAUACUGAUUCGGGGAAGUUGACCAAGGGCGAAGUUGUAAAUCCAAACGAAGGAAGUUCUACACGAUGUGAACUUUGUAAGGUUUGUUGCACUUCCUAUGAUGAGCUCAACAGGCACCUUUCAGGGAAGAAACACAAAAAAGCCGAAUAUAAAACUGGAAAGCGAAUGAAAGGAGAAAGAAUGUUGCAGGAUAUGAUGAAUGGAGAGGGUAAAGUUGUCAUUUUGGAAAAGGGUAAAAGGAAAGCUAAUGACUCAUUAGCAAGUGAAGAGGAUGGAGAUGUAAAGAGGAAGAAGAUGAUGAAAGAAGGGGGAACAGCAUCUGGUGCUUCGAUAACUUGUGCAGUAUGCAAUGUGGGUUGGACUAGCGUGGUGGACUAUAUGGAUCAUCUUAAAGGACAAGAGCAUUCUGCCAUGGUUUUGAAACAAGUAUGAUAACAUGCGUGCUAUAGAGAAAGAUAUUAGUAAUAUAGCUUUUUGGAAAAUAGGCUGUUGAAAAAAGUUCAAAUGUUUAAGGGGUUAAUGUCUAAAUGGGUAACAAACUAUUUUUUUAUUUUACAAACAGUUGUUUAAAAAAAUG